GCUGAAACGCGCUUUCAUGAAUGAAUGAGAGCUGUUUCAAGACAGGAAUUCUCCCGGGACCCCCGGGCAGCGACAUCGGGUAAUCUCACGAAGAGAUAGAUCACUCCACGAGAACGCGGAUAUUAAACGCAGUGUUUUAUGCUGUCCGUGCAAGUAUUGGAAUACGUGGAAAGAAUUCAUCUACUUUCUCCAUGUCAGCGCUAUGACACCUAGAGUCAGAGUGAAAUCCUGGGAAGAGGCAUGCCUAGCCCGACUGGCAAGCAAACAACGAUGCUCGGGGUGGAACCCCAAACGAAUUCGGUCUCGGUCAGACAUUCGUUCGUUUUACAAAACUUUAAAGUAAAGCCAUUUACAUCCUGAAUAGAAUGGCCUCCUUCAGUUUCUUCUUAGAGGGAUGGCAAGUUUUCAAAACCCUCCACUGGAUAUUCGGAGACUUUCACAGAAACUUCUAGUCAUGCUGUCAGUCGGCAUUGUGUGCAUGUAUCUUUUUUACAUUUUUGCGGCGUGCUGCAAAUCUGAGGUUACAAAGAAUUCAGACUUAAGCUAUGACAGGUCAGUGUCCGUGACGGGGUGGUACCACGAGAGGAACGGGACAGCGCUCAGAGACGCCUCACCCUCGGGUGGUAGCGCUGCGCUCGCUUUGGAGGCGAACAGCUCGGGGAAGGACUGGACGGCCAGCCGGAGGUUUCCACACGCUCUCAUCAUUGGAGUCAAGAAGGGAGGAACACGCGCGCUUCUGGAAUUCCUCAGACUGCAUCCCGACGUUCGCGCGCUGGGCUCCGAGCCGCAUUUCUUUGACAGACAUUACGCGCGCGGACUCAGCUGGUACAGGAGUAUGAUGCCCAAGGCCCUGGAUGGACAGAUAGUGAUGGAGAAGACACCGAGGUACUUCGUCACACCCGAGACGCCGGCACGCGUCCGCGCCAUGUCGCAGGACAUCAAGCUGAUCGUGGUGGUGCGCGACCCCAUCACGCGCGCCAUCUCCGACUACACACAGAUUGUGUCCAAGACGCCGGGCGUGCCCAGCUUCGAGAGCCUGGCCUUCAAGAACGGGACGGCGGGUAGCGUGGACGCGCUGUGGAGCCCGCUGCACAUUGGCCUGUACGCACGGCACCUGGAGCGCUGGCUCGCUCACUUCCCGCCGGCACAGAUCCACUUCGUGCAUGGCGAGCGGCUCGUCCACGACCCCGCCGGUGAGAUGGGCCGCGUACAGGACUUCCUGGGCCUGCAGCGCAUUGUCACGGACAAGCAUUUCUACUUCAACAAGACCAAGGGUUUCCCCUGCCUGAAGAAGCCCGAGGGCAGCAGUAAGCCCCACUGCCUUGGUAAGACCAAGGGGAGACUGCACGUGCGCGUCCAGCCCGAGGCCGUGCGGAAGCUGCGUGAGUUCUACUACCCUCACAAUCUGAGGUUCUACCAAAUGGCUGGCAUGGACUUCGGAUGGCAGUGAUGAAUGUGUUUUUGUAUGUGAAGCCUUGUGAGGAAGGAACCCAAAAACACUCAUGCAAGGCUGCAAAAGGGCACUACUUCUUCAUGGAUGUGCCUGCCCUUCUGAGUAAAUAUUUGAUGUAGCUGAUUCAGAUCUUUGGUGCACGUCAACUCAUUUGGGGUCGUGACACUGACGUGGUUUCACGUCAGGGAGAAGUUGAAUUUUAUGCACUGUGCUCAAUAGUGAAAGAUUAUGUAAUCAAAUUUGCAUUUGUCAAUGUUCAGAAAUAUUGGUGUUGAUGGAUCUUGGCCUGGUAACACCACGCUUCAUGACUACCACGUAAAUCUGUUGUGCAAUUAUGUUUGACCCACUUCCCAUGGUGCACAUAGACGGAUUUAAAUGAGCAGUCAUAUGCCUUUGUAAAAUGGGCAUCAUUAGUAGGGGCCCAACCUGAAGAAAUGCUGUGAACAAACUAUAUGUAAUUAUAUGAUUAAGUGAAAUACUGUAAGAUACUAUUGGACUUUGACCCAUGAAGUGAAGUGCUAUGGAGGACUGAUUUUAAUACAGUUUAACCUAUAAUUGCUCUUAAAUAGUGCAGAGACAAUUGCGUGAACAAGAACUGGGCUGGUAGAAACGUCACAGAUGGUAAAGGUCCAAGCUAUGAGAUAUGACAAAGCCAAAAAGCCAUUUUUAUAUUGUUAUUAUAUUUCAGAUUUUGGUUGUGAAUUUUAUUAUGAUCAGACCUGUGAUUAUCUUUGAUAUUUUUAAUGUAUUUUUAGAAUCAACAAUUGGAGCCUCAAGUCACACUAAGUCAUGUCUAGUUGUGAAGCUACAAUGGAUAAAAGUCAUUAGUAAGUGAGACAGUACACAAUUAAGAGAAGUCAUUCACUUAAAAACAUUUGGUUAAGGUGGAAGAUACCGAUACCUUUUUUCAAGAGGUAGUCCGUGUACAGUCUCUGUGUCUCAGAUUCAACGUCUACAUUCAUGGAUAGAGGUUCCUCCAGCAGACGAAGAGAGACAGACACAGAGCUGAACCCAAACCCUGCCCGAUGUUUGCAUGGCUUUGCACUAAUCUCAAAUGCAGCCAAGGGGAUGAUUACAUUAUUUUUAAGGUGGUUUCUGUAUUUGUUAUCAGUGUUGAGACCACAAAUG